GCAACUCCCUGCUUGUCUCCUGGUCCACUCAUCAAUUCAUAUAACCAAUUCUAUUUAACAAACUAUAUCUACAAGAAAACGCCUCUUAUCAAAAGGAUGGCAGCAAGAAACACACUCCGUCGAGCCCUUCUCUACGUCCCUGGAUCCUCACAGCGUUUCCUCGACAAGUCCCGCUCAUUAACCGCCGACUGCGUCACAUAUGACCUGGAGGACAGCGUAACUCCGCACAAGAAAGACGAAGCGCGCUCUUUAGUACGCAGAGCUCUGGACCAGAAGAAACCAGAAGGAUUCCGAGAACGCGCCGUCCGUAUCAAUUCCGUAGACAGUGGAUUGGCAUUGAGAGAUUUGAAUGAAAUCUUGAAAUCCCCCAAUCUAACCACCAUCGUCAUCCCCAAAGUCAACACCCCCUCUGACCUCACCUUCGUCACAGACGUAGUCAAACAUACUCUCUCCCAACAAGAUCACGAUAGGCCACCAAUAUCCCUCCUGGCCCUAAUUGAAUCCGCAAAAUCCCUCACAAACCUCAACCAAAUAUGCACCGCGUCACCACUACUGCAGGGCCUGAUAUUCGCCGCUGAAGACUUCGCCCUCGACCUCAGCCUCACCCGGACGCCGUCGUUGACGGAGUUUCUCUUCGCGCGGUCUGCCAUUGUCACUGCUACCCGGGCUGCUGAGCUCCCCUCUGCUAUCGACUUGGUGUGUACUGCGUAUCGGUCUUCUGGUGCUGAUAGUAGUAGUGCGAUGGAUGUGCUGGAGGCAGAGUGUCGUGGUGGGAAACAGUUGGGGUUUAAUGGGAAGCAGUGUAUCCAUCCAUCUCAGGUAGAGACGGCGCAGAGGGUUUUUGGGCCGGAGGAGAAAGAGGUUGAGUGGGCGGUGCGCGUGGUGGUGGCCGACGAGAAGGCUGCUGCGGAGGGGAGAGGGGCAUGGACGUUAGAUGGAAAGAUGAUCGAUAUUCCUGUUGCGGAGAAGGCGAGGGCCAUUAUGAGGAAAGCUGGGGAAUGUGGUUUCAAUAUUCCUGAUUUGAGAGAAAGGUGGAAGCAUCAGGGGCCCGAGUAAACUUCGGUUGGUUCUACAUCUAUGGCAGGGAAUUCUUGCCAGGAGCCUUUUACGCAUAAUACAUAUAAAUGGAGAAGAGAGAAACGAAACAUAUCUUC